AUGGUCGACGUCGACCACCGCAUGGCGGGGCUGACGCCGGCGCACGCGGCCGGCCUACGCCGGCUCUCCACCCGCGCCGCCUCUCUCGCCUCCGGCGGUCCCGCCUCUCCGGCCUGCGUCAGCCGCGGCGGCGCUCCGGCUACGACAGCGCCGCCCCCGUUCUCCCACCGCAACGGCCUCCUCUCCUUCUCACCCGUCGCCAAGGCCGUCCUGGAUCAUCUGAAGAACUCCGGCGUGGAAGUGCUCCCCGGCCUCUCCGACGCGGAGUUCGCCCGCACCGAGGCGGAGUUCGGCUUCCUCUUCCCUCCUGAUCUGCGCGCCGUCCUCUCCCUCGGCCUCCCGGUCGGCCCUGGAUUUCCAGACUGGCGCUCUCCUCCACCGCAAGGUACGCAUCAGCAUCAUCAGCAGAGCCGGCUCCGCCUCCGCGCCUCCCUCGACCUCCCCAUCGCUGCCAUCUCCAUUCAGAUCGCGCGCCACAGCUUCUGGCCCAAAUCGUGGGGCAUCCGGCCUCCUGAACCAGAGAGGGCGCUCCGCCGCGCCAGAGCUGCCCUCCAGCGAGCGCCGCUCCUCAUCCCGCUCUUCGAUCGGUGCUACAUCCCCUGCAACCCCUGCCUCGCCGGGAACCCGGUGUUCUUCGUCGACGAGUCCCGCAUCCUCUGCUGCGGCCUCGACCUCGCCGACUUCUUCGAGCGAGAGGCGCUCUUCCGAUCUCCUUUGCCCUCAGCAGAUCUCGUCCUCCGCCGGCAGAGAUCCGCCGGCUCGGCGCAGAAGCAGCCGUCGCCUCUCCCCUCCCCGCGGAGGAGCAUGGACUCCGUCUCCGGCCGGACCCCCCGCUGGAUCGAGUUCUGGAGCGACGCCGCCUGCGACCGCCGCCGGCGCAUCUCCUCCUCAUCAUCGUCCUCGUCCUCCUCCUCCUGCUCCUCGUCCUCGGAGCUCCCGCCCCACCCGCAGGCAUUCCUGGAGAUCCGCCCUCCGAAGCUGCCAAAGUGGGUGGCCGGCUUCCUCGACCGCAUCGGAGAAGUCCUGCGCGACGGCGGGUGGGGUCCCUUGGACGUCGAGGAGAUGGUGCACGUACCGUCGGCGGCAGCUUCACGGUGGCCGGACGACGGCGGCGACGAUAGCAGCUUCGCGAUGGCCGCAUCGUCGGCCCUAGUGGACUCCCAGGCGGUGUUCGACUCGCUGCUACUGAAGGCGGAUCGGUGCAGCGACUCGCUGAGGCGAGCCGGGUGGAGCUCCGAGGAGGUCACCGACGCCCUCGGCUUUGACUUCCGCCGCCGCUCGAGGAAGGAGGGCCCCCGCCCCCCCCUCAACCUAUCGCCGGAGAUCGCCCAGAAGUUCUCCACCCUCGCCCAGGUGGUGACUCGGUUGUGA